UCGAGUAGCGGCGGCAGUGCCCAAGGGUUUGAGGCAGAGGGCACCAUGGAAGAGGAACUUGAACCUACACUUAAGGAGCAGCCCUGCGAGCCAGACUGUGAUGAGAAGGCCUUGAAGGGCAGCGAUGCCAACCCAGGCAAAGUUAGGGAGGGUGGGCUCACAAGGCCAGAGAGCAGUGGCAGCCCGGACGGUGCACGGCUGUCUGCUAAGGAGGCGGCAGAGGUCUCCCCUGCUUUCCCAAAGGCUCUGGAGAGCGAGUAUCCAGGGAAGGAGAAGAGCACCGCAGCUGCUGGCACAACCCUUACAGCUGCCACAAAGGCUGCCGCCACCAUGGCCACCAACAGCUGCAGCACUUUGACCUCUGCCCCAGCCACCUUCACCUUGAAAAGCAUCUGUUUCUCCACUUCUCAGGCCCUUGCUAUGCAAAAAAUGGCCCUCUCCUUCCCACCCGGAGCAGUCCUCACCCCCAGCCAGCCCCUGGUUUACCUCCCACCUCUUCCGAGCCUGCUUGGGGUCCCUUCUGCUCUUGCUCUGCCUAUCAUGCCCUCCUUCCCACAAGACCCCUGCCUGCCUAGUCUUCUCUCCCCCUCUGAGCUCUGCUCUUACCCGUAUGCCUUCUCCGUGGCUAGGCCUUUGGCCACAGAUCCCAAAGUGGCCCCUGUGGAGACAAGCCAGCUGAACUGCCCUGCCCCGUCAGGGGAGAGCAGGACCCCUGCGGUCACUGGACCCUCCUCUGCUGUCGAUGGCUCGGACCUCUUGCCUAGCACGCCUGCCUCGGCAGCGGCAGGUGCCAGCACUGUGCCACUGUCAGUCGCCACCAGCGUGCUUGCCAGGGGCCCGGCAGGCCCAGAACAGCUUCCCUUGGGCAUCCUGGCCUCCAUCUCCCCACUGAAAUCCCCCCCACAGCUGGAGCAUGAGAUGGUCUCCCCUGAAUGUAGCGAGAUGCCCCUUGACCUUUCCGCCAAGUCAAACCACCAGAAGCUGCCUCCUCUGAGCCAGCGAAAGAUGGCCCCGAUGCCUGUGUUGACCCCGGUGCACACCAAUGGCAAAGCACUGCUCACCACAGUCUUCUCCAAGCCUCAGUGGGUAGCUCAGGCCAUUGGCGGCCCAGGCACCACGUCACCCUUCGUCAUCUUCCUGGAGUUCCUCCGCAAUAGGGAGCAGGGCUCCUGGGUGAAGAACUCGACCACCCUCAUCAGCACCAUCCCAGGCACCUACGUUGGGGUGGCCAACCCAGUCCCAGCUUCCGUGCUGCUGGGGAAGGAUUCUGGCACCUGCCUUGGCAGGGACUCCCGCCAUCUCGCCAAGAAGGAGCUCAUUUCCAUUGUUGACCAGGGAGAGCCUCGCAGUGGCGGGCUGCCUCCCGGGAAGAAGAGUGGUGGAGAGGGGCCGCCUGACUCCGCAAGGCAGCUCCUUCAUGCCUGGGGUGUCCCAGGGGCCCAGUUGCACCCUUCAAAGGAGCUUGCCAUUUGGAGCCCCAGCCAGGGAAGCAUUUACCCUUGGUGCUCAGUCAACGGGAAGCCUGCCAGCCCCCAGCUGCUGCCCUUGGGGUGGUCGCCUUACCAUCAGGGCCCUCUGCUUUCCAUCGGCAUCUCAGCAGCCGGGCAGCUGUGCCCGAAUCAAGUUGCCCCCUGCAAGCCAGUUGGUGCAGGUGAGCUGGCCACGUUCCCUGGUGUGCAGCUGAUAGAGUCCUCCGCAGUGGUCCAGAAAGCCCCCGAAGCUCCCUCUCAGGGCAAGGGUUGUAAGGCAGCCUUGCUGAACACUGCCAGCCCUUUGUGCAUCUCACCAGCUCUUCAGACCAGUCUCCCAGACACAAGGGGUUCCGAGGGUCUCAUUCCAAAAUACGACUCUGACAGACUCGAGGCUGACUCAGCAGCAGAGGCCACCCCGCAGCCCAAAGCUCCCCCAGAGGGCUGUAGCCGCAAGUGCCCCGGGGAUGCCAAGCCUAAAAACCAGGUCUUGGCUGCCUACCUAUCUCAUGGCCUUUCCUUAGCUAGCCAGCCAAGUGUGCGGACGACAUCUGAGACGCCUCUCCCAGGGAGCAAGCGCAAGGACUGGAAGUGCAGCAACGUACCUCGGGAUCAGCUGGCGGCAGAAGUCCCUCUCCGCAGUGUGCACCAGGUUGAUCUCAGCCGCGUGAAGAAGGAACGAGUGGAGCCAGAGGUGCUGAUCACCUCUGCCGCUUGUCUGCAUGCUGGGGCUGCCUCGAGAAGCCCUCCAAAAGCCAAGCUCAAGGGGGUGGCCCACACUGAAGUGGAAGAGGGCUUCCCCUGCAAGUCCAAGCGGCAGCAUGACGGGCCAGACCGCCUGACCCACAAGAAGCAGAAGUGCAGGGGCAGUAAGGAAUCUCAGGCUCCCUGCAAAUCGGACAGCCAGAACCUGCACACCCGCAAGUGGCGGAAGUAUCACCGCUCCCACGAGGUCAGCAAGCAGGAGAGCCAGUCGGGCUCCACAAAGGAGCAUGGCAGACCUCGUGUGAAGCGCAAGCGCCGGAAGGCAGCUCCAGGGCAUCAUGGGCACAGCUGCGAAGAAGCUUUUGUUGAGAAGAAAUCAAAGAACAGUUUCCGGGACUUCAUUCCUGUGGUGCUGAGCAGCCGCACAUACAGCCAGUCAGACUUCAGGUACCGAAACCACAAGGAUGCUGUGCCGAGCAAAGGCUCGGACCUGUGCUUGAGGAGCAGGCUUUCUCCAACCCUCCAAGGACUCCUGGACUUCCACAAUGGAUUCCUCUUGGAUCACCCCAACUCGGCUCCCAUCCAGGAUGUGCUAGAGAAACCUUCCGGGAAACGCAAAUGCAAAACCAAACACCUCUCAGGCAUCUGUGAAGAGGGGAAGGCCAAGGCACGCCUGAGCCAGUUCAAGAUACGCUCUCCAAAGAAAGCUCGGGAACCCUGCUUGUUGAACAAGUCCCUGCAGCACAAAUCAGAAAGAGCCCCUGAGCCCCCCGCAGCCCCGCCGGUGCCCCCUGAAGCUCGUCGACUGAUAGUGAACAAGAAUGCAGGGGAGACACUGCUGCAGAGAGCAGCCCUGCUUGGCUACAAGGAUGUGGUGAUGUACUGCCUGCAGAAGGAAAACAACAAUGUCAGCCACAGGGACAACGCAGGCUACACAGCCCUGCACGAGGCCUGCGCUCGCGGCUGGGUGGACAUCCUGCAGCUCUUGCUGGAGCAUGGUGCAAACGUGAACUGCAGUGCGCAGGAUGGCACCAGGCCUGUCCAUGACGCUGCAGCAAAUGACAACUUGGAGAUCAUGUGGCUCCUGCUGUCUUACGGUGCUGACCCAACCCUGGCUACAUAUUCGGGGCAGACUGCCCUGAAGCUGGCCAGCAGCGAAAACAUGAAAAACUUCCUUAAUGAUUACCUCUUGGAUCUGCAGGGUCGAGCUGAAGGGGACCCCCAUACAGCCUGGGAUUUUUACAGCAGCACUAUAUUAGAGGGGAAAGAGAAAACUGGCUGUGACCUUCUGCUCAACCCUCCCGGGAGCUCUGAUCAGGAGGACGAUGAGCAGGACUCGGGCCACCUCAUGUUUGAGUUCUCCAACAAGCCGUUGCUCCCCUGCUACAACCUGGAAGUGUCUGUCUCCCAGGGGCCCUGCAACUGGUUCCUCUUCUCGGACAUGCUGAAGCGGCUGAAGCUCUCGUCCCACAUCUUCCAGGCCCAUUUCCCACACUUUGAGGUGACCACCCUGCCCAAGGUGGAGUUCCAGCGCCAGGUGUCGUUGAGCCAGGUGCCAGCCCCAAAAGAAAUCCAGGAGCACAUGGCGCCCCCCUUGGCUCUGGGUGCUGCAGAGACGGUGGAGCUGGUGCGCCAUGAGCUGGAGCUGGCUCAGCUGCUGGGCUCGGAGGUGAUGUUGGAGGCCUGGAGCAGCUGAUGGGGGGCUGGGCAUUCCCCUCUGUCGGCGUCAGACUGCACUGCAAGGCAAUAAUCUGGACCAAGGAGAGAAGGUGGCCUUCUCGAGGGCAGGGCUUCUGUCUGCCUGGUCCUCCCUGACGAACUGCAACGGGUGCUCACUGCCUGCCCUCCUACCUUCCCACGAACCCUGAGGGUAGGAAGCUGCCGUCACCUGUGCCCUGGACUCUGCACUCGUUCACCUGCUGCAGGGCCACGGUGGCUUGGAAGCCUCUCCAUGGAACUGCAUCUCUUUCCCCACCCCCAAGCUCUCCGAGAGUAUUUAUUUAAAUUAGUAUUUAAUUUGUGGUGUUCUUUUUCUUUUUUGUUCUUGCUAAGUCUGUAUCACUGUGAUUCGGGGGGGGGGGGAGUGGAGAGACAGGGGACAACUUCCUGCAGCCACCAUCGCCUCUGGGAUUCCCCUGAUUGACUAAGCUGGGCCUUCCUUUCUCCUGUCCUCCAUGAAAUAGCGAGAGGGAGGCUAUUGUUUCUUCUCCCCCCUCUGUUUUAGAGACACCCAGCUUCUGUUGGGUGAGUAGGAGCCAACCUUCAGUUUCCACAAUAAAUUAUUUGAGGGGCCGCCCCCCCCCCAAAGUUGAGGAGCAUAAUCAUUCAAAUGGUGUGUGGUCAUCACGUCUUGUGAUCAGCUAAGCGAUGCGACACCUGCCCCCCCCAGUACUUUAUUCAAGUUGGCACCCCUGGUUGGGUGCAUUUCCCUCCCUGCCCUUUUUUAUCAUAUUAUUUUGUUUCUGAUGUCCAGCCAGCCACUUUUCGAAACAGAAUGAUUACACAGCCAAAGGCACCUGGUGGUCUCAGCUAUUUUAUUUGCACACACCCCACUCCCUCUUUAUAAUUUCAUCCUGGUUCAAUCAGUUUGGCUGGCAAGGCAAUACGGUCUUCAACGGGGUGGGGGCA